GACACCACGGCCCAGAGGCCCCCAACCCCAGCUCCAGUCUUUUCGACCCCAAGUGGUCCGCCAAACCAGGCCGGCCCCAAGACCGGCAUUCCACCCCCCUCCACCUCCAAUGUACCAGAGGCCUCCCCAGGAGGCAUCCACUAUUCCGCCCCCCAGGGUGCACCCCCAACUCUACCCCCAACCCACAUCUCUCCCCCAGCUUCCAAUGCAGGCGGUACUAUCCAUCCUCUACCGCCUGCUAGAAGAUAUCAGCAGGGGAGCAAAUCCUACUCAGGCCAUUCUGAGUGCCCUGACCUGGCUGCUCCAGGGGGCCGCCAACCCAAUCAGCUCAGAAUAGCCCACCGGAGCCCAUCGAUACCUCUUACCAAAUUUGCCGUGUUUUUAAUUCUGUUUGUCCACAGACUCCAGAAGGCGAGAACCAAAAACAGCACCGCGACCACCAACUCGCAGCCUGCUCUCGCCGUCUCCCACAACCUACCCUACCCAAAUCCGGCCUCCCCCACACCCCCAACCCCAACAACAAUUCUGCUCCCCACUUGCUUAAAUCGCGGCCUGCUCGCUGGCGCUAGCUGGGCCUCCCCCCAGGGGGUCUCACCCGGCUCGGCAGACCGCGCUGAGGGCCGCGUAGCAAGCUCCUGGCGAGAGCAGAACCAGAAAAGAAAACGUCACCAGACGGCCGCUGACCAGCGGCGCCCAACCCCGCGGGGGCGCACCCCCGCGAGAUGCAGCCCGGGAAAGGAAGCCAAGCUUCGAGCCCGAACCUGUGGAAACAGAAGACCACGAACUCACCACCCAGUAGGAAAGGCUUUUGGGACGCGGAAACGCUGCUCGAACCGAUCUGAACAAUUUAAUUUACUGAUAUACUAAUACUGUAUCAUGUCUCGAUUUGUGACUUACUUGGACUUCUAUGUAUUUCUACGCGAAAGCGAAGGCGAAGGCCUUAGAAAUUACAAGAGGCUCCAUCAAGGCAUUUUGUCUUGCAUCGCAACUGAUGUCACUGAGACAGAUUGCGGAAAGAUAUUGAAGUUCUGUAAAAUCUUCACUAUGAAUUUGUAUCGACGAUGGACAACGGCAUCCAGAAUCCAAAAGACGUUUAUGAACAAAAAUAUGGAUUGGCUGGAGCAAAAAAUCAAGUGGCCUGUAUGCGAUAACCUUGAUCUCGCAGAGAUAUUUCAAGAUGACACGGAAGAAGAAAAUCAAGUACCAGAAAACAUUGAUUACGAUGACCUUCCGUCAACAUCUUGUACGAUGGAUGUGGCCACCUCUACUACGGUUAUACCAAGAAAACCCUUUGAAGAGCUGGGAAACAAACAAAAGAAAAGACGAUCAGAUGGGCUUAAAGAUUUUUCCGAAGAUGAGUUGUCGUUUGCUUUGGUCACACUACUUAAGACAAACGGAAAAAAUGAUGUUGCCCAAGUGAUUGAGCAUCUCUUGAAGAACCCUGACCGAGUUAAUGAAGUCAAAUCGUAUUUGUUUGACAAAAAGGAGAGAGAUAUUAUGCACGAAGAUCAUGCUCUAGCCCUUGCUACUUCACUGGAUUUGUCAAAAUGGAAGUACCUGACGCUGAGGACUUGUUUGACUGAUAUCGAGGGAACUGCGCAGCUUCCUUCAUACCACAAAAUACUCAAUGCCAAAAUGAAUUGCUAUCCAGAUAAAUCUGAUAUCGAGGUUACAGAAAUUGGUGCAAGAGUAAAGCUACAAGCGUUGCUGGAUUUGACUGCACGAAGGAUAAUGCAAGUUGUUGGUCCUGUUGUUCUACCAACAAGUGAAAUGAAGAUGACCAGCAAAUGGGGUUUCGACGGAUCCUCAUCACAAAGUAAUUACAAACAGCGAAGUGGAUUGCCUGAUUUCGAUGAUUCAUCGGUAUUUAUGACUAGCCUGGUCCCGUUGAAGCUAGAGUCUGGCAAUAUAAUAGUGUGGGAGAAUCCCAAUCCUUCUUCCACAUUUUACUGUAGACCGGUGAAGUUUCUGUUUGCAAAGGAAACCAAAGACUUUGUCAAACAAGAGUUAUCAGGUAUGGAAGAAGAAACCCGAAAGCUUAAUGUGACAAGAUACAAGGAUUACCAGAUUUCCCAUGACUUGCACAUGACGAUGAUUGAUGGAAAGAUAUCCACAAUCAUAACAGAUACUCCAUCUGCAGCUACCUGUAAUAUAUGUCUUGCGAAGCCAAGUGAGAUGAAUAACCUCUGUGAAGUUAUUUCAAGACCAGUGCGAACUGAGGUGUACCAGUAUGGACUGUCCUCUCUCCAUAUGUGGAUCCGAAGUAUGGAGUGUCUAUUGCACGUAUCGUACAAUUUGGAUUUUAAAAUGUGGUGUGCAAGAGGCGAUAAUAAAGAGCUCAAAAAAGCCAGGAAGCACUGUACACAACAACAAUUCAGGGAAGAAACAGGACUGUUGGUAGACAUCGUGAAACAGGGUUUCGGAACCACCAACGAUGGCAACACUGCCAGGCGAUUCUUCAAGGAAUACGAAAGCAGCGCACGGAUAACAAAAAUAGAUGAAAAUCUGAUCAAGCGCUUUGCUGUUAUCUUGCAAGUGAUAUCCUCCGGAAACGCCAUCAAAAUUGAGAGAUUCCGGGAAUAUUGCAAAGAGACAGCUGAGCUUUUUGUACACCAUUAUCCGUGGUACAAUAUGCCAGUAAGCAUACACAAGCUGCUCAUACAUGGGGCAGACAUUUGCCAACAUUUCUCUUGUCUUCCCAUAGGAAUAAUGUCAGAAGAAGCAUCGGAAGCUAGGAACAAGGAGUUUAGAAAUACCAGAGAACAUCACACUCGCAAGAUGGGGAGAAUCCUAAAUAAUGAAGACAUACUGAAUAAUUUUUUGAUUACGUCAGAUCCUUAUAUAUCUCAUAUCAGGCCAAAAUAUGGAAAGUCCAAGAAGAUGGCUUUAUUCCAAGAAGCUAUUGAUCUCCUAGAACUUCCGGCAGAAAAAGAAAUCGAGAUUGAUGAAGUAGAAGUAGUUGCUUCAGAAGCUCCAGUAAUGGCAGAUCCCUUGGCUUGAUCAUCGCCAUUAUACAUCAAACGGCUUUUUUCAAAGCCCUAAAAAAGCUCUUUUCAGAGCUAACAUAAAUAGUCCAUGUUUCACAAUGUGACACACACAUAGUUUGUAGGCCAGCAUAUAAUUAUAGGGGAUAGAGAAGACAGAGAGCAAGGUAGAGGUUAAUGCGCGCACGCU